AGGAAAUGAAGUGAUGAAAAUUGCUCGCAGCAGUUUCACUUCUCGUACAGAAUAUUCAGUUGGGAUUUACUUUCAAAAUAUUGAUUUCUAAAACUGUUUACUUCGAUUCAGUUUCACAUUUUGGUAGAUACUACUGAAUGUUUUCCUAAAGGAAUGCAUUUUAUGUUCUCUAAUAUUUUCGGUCACUAGUUAUAGUUUAAAAAUAUUUAUAACUAAAACUAAUAAUUUAUUUGCAUUUUGCCAGACCUGUGGUAGUUCUCUGUUUAAAGGCACUAAAAAUGAAUAAGACCAAAGCUCAACUUUUCAUAAUUUUUACAUUUUUGCUCUAUCAUAUGUCCUUCGCGGAUGAAAAAGAAGAAGAUGCGAUUGUACAUUAUUUAAACAACAGUAGUUUUGUGCAAGGAAAAGCUGAAAUAGUUUUCCUGUUGGAUAGAUCUGGCAGUAUUGGAGCAGCAAAUUUUGAAGAAGAAAAAGGUUUCGUGGAAUCUUUCUUAACUCAUAUCGUUGUGGAUGUAAAUGCAACACGAGUAGCAGUUAUCAGUUACAGUGAUAAUGCUGAACGCCAUAUUGAUUUCCUGCGUGAACCGAAGAGUAAGUGCUUCCUGUCUCAAGAACUCCAGGAUGUCGUCUUCAAAAAUAGUGGAGCUACUAACACAGCAGCAGCAAUACAAGAAGCUGCUCUGGUGUUUGAAAAUGCACGUCCCAAUGUAAAUAAGGUAAUAAUUUUGAUAACAGAUGGAUUUUCUAACAAAGGAGGAGAUCCAGUACCUCACGCAGCGAAGCUUAAACAAAUGGGAGUUCAAAUAUUUGCAUUCGGUAUUGGACGCUUCCUAAAGACAGAACUGCAAAGCUUGGCCAGUAGUCCAAAUCAUGCUUUCAGCUCCUCCGAUUUCAAAGAAUUCAAGAGACUGGCAAGAAAAAUUCGAGGAGAUCCUCAUGAAGUAUCCUGGUCUGGACAAGCAUCACAACCGAACUGUGAUCACUUGUGCGAAAGUCCUUACAAGGGAGACCCAAAUGACCCAGGAUGCUGUGAUCAUGAUGCUAGAUGUUCAUGUGCUCUGCUUUCAGGCAUGCAUACAUGUGUUUGCGGACCAGGUUAUUAUGGACUGUCUGGCCUCAUGGGACAAUGUAGAGCUUGUCCUAGAGGAACUUACAAAUCGAAACUGGAGCCGACUCGAUCCUGCACGCCUUGCCCUCCUGGAGCUACUACUGCAGAACUUGCCAGUACUUCUGUUAAUGACUGUUAUUGCAAGGAUGGAUAUUUUGGUGAUCCUUCAUCAGGAGUACCUUGCACUUUGGUUAAAUGCCCGCCUCUUCAGAAACCAACCAAUGGAUUCAUAGUUGGAAACUGUGAGUCAACAUAUGGAUCGACAUGCUUUUUCAUGUGUGAGGACGGCUAUGAGCUGGUAGACCAAAGGGAUGAUACUAGGACAUGUGAAAGCAAUGGCAAAUGGACCAGAAACACGGCUGUCUGUCGUAAGGUUAUCUGCCCAGCUCUUCAGAAACCGAGGUUUGGAAACAAGGUCUGCGAUUCAGACAUGUUGACUGUCGGAAAAAGGUGCAGAUUCAAUUGUUGGGAAGGUUAUAUCAUGCAAGGAUCCGAAGAGCGAGAAUGCCUACCAAAUAAAAAAUGGUCAGGAUCAGAAGUAAAAUGCUUACCUGUAGAAUGUCCACUCCCACCUCCCAUAAGGGACGGUUGGUUAUUUGGCUGCACAUCUGUGCAGAAACCAGUCUACGGUCAAACGUGCAUGUUUCGAUGUAACUACGGUUUCGAGCUAAGGGGACCUGAAUAUCUUAGAUGUAAUGAAAAUGGAAAACUAUUGGACAAAUAUCACAAGGAAACAAAACCUCUGUGUAAAGAUGUUCUUAAACCAGAGAUUUUGUGUCCUAAACCUAUUAGAAUUUACUCCGAAAAAGGCAAAAACGGCGCUACCGUGAAAUGGUACAUUCCUGUACCUAACGACAACAGUGGCUUUGCUCCUAACAUGUAUACCGUUCCACCAAACAUAAGUCCUCCGGCUUUCAUCUCAAUCGGAACGACAGUUAUCCAAUAUGUGGCUGUUGAUUCCUCCGAUCUGAACGCUACCUGCGAUGUCCGAAUUGAAGUAAUAGAUAAUGAACCACCAACUGUGUUAAGAUGUCCUUCAAAGGUCGAGGUCAGUACCAGCGAUACGGGUGCGAAAGUCUUCUGGGAGGAACCAGUGUUCGUAGACAACAGCAAAAGUUCUCUUUACAUAUACCAAACAGAUAGACCUGGGGACAGAUUUGCAAUAGGCCGCCAUACCAUUUCAUACUCAGCUUCGGACAAGGCCAAAAAUACAGCUCUUUGCACAUUUGAUGUCAUUGUAACACGUACUCCAUGUGCUUAUUACCCAGCCCCGGCUAAUGGAGCUUUCACCUGUAAUGAUUGGCUUACCGGACAAUUCUGUCAAGCUUAUUGCAAUGACAGAUUUGAUUUUGUUUUCAAACCAGCUGAGUGGUACGUUUGCGAUAGCGAGUCCCAAUGGAUAACGUUACCACCAAAUAUGCCUAUACCUUGGCCUGAUUGCGCCAGACCAUCCAUGCCCGGUAAGGUACGGCAGAUGGUAACAGGAUUUUAUUACAGUGGUGACUGCAAUGACCCUAGAGUACAGCAUUUCAUAAAGAAACUCUUCCUCAGCCACUUCACGACAAAGAUACAAGGUGCUGAACUAUGUUUUUCUAGAGGAACAUGUUCUUUUGAAACUGUGCAAGUAAGAUGUGGUAGAUCAGAUCCAAAUUUAAUCUUGAGAAAGCGUCGUGAUGUGUGGGAAUACGCGGAGAAAGAAGAAUUGGAGAUUGAGUUUGAAAUAACAAUUAAUGUCGACCAUGAGCUUAAUGAUACUGAAGCUGUAUUGCAAGACUUUCUGGAGACUAUUCGUAAUAUCAAAUGGGAUUUAGAGGAAGAUGAAGUUCUGGAGACAACAACAUACGUACCUUUCAUCGAACCUCUGAUUAUACAUAAAAAUUUUAAUGAAACAAAGAUUAUGGAACUCACAAAUGCAGAAAUAGACAUUCUCUGUAAACCUGGAUCUGUACUUACUGAUGACUUAUGUGUGCAGUGUCCCCCAGGAACAUUCUACAAUAAUUCGAUCAAAGAAUGCUUAGAUUGUCCUUUAGGAGAAUAUCAAGAAAACGAAGGCCAGUUACAAUGCAAAAAAUGCCCUAGUGGAAAAAGCACGGAACAUCGGCGAACCAGGAAUGAAACUGACUGUAAAGAUAUUUGCCUCGCUGGGACCUAUUCGCCUACAGGACUCGAGACAUGUGUGGCAUGCCCCCAAGGAACAUAUCAAGAACAUUCUGGUCAAUACAUGUGCGAUUCCUGUCCGAAUGGCACAACCACCAUAAACUUUGGAUCUACAUCAUUAACCAAUUGCAAAGAUUCCUGUGAGCCUGGAUUCUUUUCCGAGAGCGGUCUAUAUCCAUGCCGUUUGUGCCCAAAGGGUUUCUAUCAACCUUCUUUCGGCCAGAUGGAAUGUCUCGAAUGUCCAAGUAAUUUAUCCACGAUUUAUGAAGGAGCAAAAGAGAUAUCAGAUUGUUUAGAUUUAGAUCCAUGCUUGAAUGAAACUUUCUGCUUCAAUGGUGGUAGCUGCGUUCGCUCAGGCCGUGAAGGUUACUGCGACUGCAAAAGGGGAUUCGAAGGGGAAAGAUGCGAAAAUGAUAUCAAUGAAUGUAACCAGAACCCUUGUUAUAAUAAUGGAAGGUGCAUUAACACAGAAGGACAUUUCUUCUGCAAUUGCACUGAGGGAUUUUCCGGGGAUUUCUGCAAUAUAGAAAUUGAUGAAUGCGAAUCUUCGCCCUGUUUGAAUAAUGGAACAUGUAUAGAUAAGGUAAAUGGUUAUCUCUGCGUGUGUCCUACAAGUUUUCUUGGAACUUCAUGCGAAAUAGAGCAAGAAAUUUGCUUCCGAAAUAUUCCUUGUUUGAAUGGCGGAGUAUGCAUCUUCCAACAAAACGGUACUGAAUCUUACUGUGAAUGUCAAGCCGGUUUCAUGGGAAUUGAUUGCUCAAUCAAUAUCAAUGAUUGUGAAAAUGUUGUGUGCCAGAAUAACGGGAG